CUCAGCCAGCAAGCAUGGUUCUCCGGCUGCGACUGCCUGGCGAGUAGAGGGAGAAGACUCAGGAGUCAAAGUUAAGUCAGUAACCCAAGCAAGCUCACGCUGGGGCAGCUGAAGCACCCACAGGGCACGCGUGCGCUGGCGAUCACCGGCCAGGAUCCGGUGAGUGUUCCCAAGCGCUGCGGGGCAGAGGAGGGAUAGCCGAAGAGGUGGGAAGGCCGGCUCUAGAACAGGAUCCUUUCUUCGCCCCUGGAGAAGGGGUCCUGGAGAUUGACUAACGCACAGCGGAAGAUGGGGAAACAUCCCUGAAAAAGCCGGGAAGGCGGCCUGCCAGAAGCAGGUCCCCUAGGCUCAGCCUGUCAUCCAUCCAGAAGUAGGGAGUCAGUCGCUCAGAGCAACUUGGCAAGGCUUCCGGAGUGCCGGGGCCGCGGGACUGAUGCCAGUUCCACCACCCCUGGUGCCUGCCUGCGCAUGGGCACAAUCCUAUUCCACGACGAAGUGGAGAACUAUAUGAACACCAAACGUCCCUGCCCUGUGCCGCUAUCAAGUCCUUUCUUGUCUGUUCUUUUCUCUUCGUAAGAACUUUUCUGCGAAGAUACUAACUUUUCUGUGGAAACUGCUGAGAGUAAAAAGUGCAAACUGAUGGAGAGGACCUGCUCCUUCCUAGUUUUUCCAGCAUCCGCGGGUUAAACCAUCACCUCCAGAGCAUCGAAGUUGUGGGAAGUGGGGACAGCUGGGAAGGGAGCAGGAUUUUGUUGCCACCUUCAGCUGGAUCUAGCCCUCCGCGUGCAUGAGUGUGCCAGUAACAGCAAAGUGGGCAGGGUUCUGCAUGUGGAGUCUCUGCUGGGACCCGAGUGAAUGGCCCCCAGGGACAGCGCGGAGCCUCAGCCUCCGCCACCUCCUCUGGGCUGGGUGUGGCCUGGAAAGAUAGUGGCAGUGGCUAUGGGUGCCCUGGCAGGCUUCUGGGUCCUCAGCCUACUCACCUAUGGCUACCUGUGCUGGGGCCAGGGCUUAGACGAGAAGGGGCCCCUGGGAGCUCAAGCUGAAGAGAGACCUGAAGCAGGCUUUCCGGGCACCGCCCAACCCCACAUCAUUUUCAUCUUAGCUGAUGAUCAGGGAUUUAGAGACGUGGGUUACCACGGAUCUGAGAUAAAGACGCCCACUCUUGACCAACUCGCUGCGGAAGGAGUUAAACUAGAGAACUACUACGUCCAGCCUAUUUGCACACCGUCCAGGAGCCAGUUUAUUACCGGAAAGUACCAGAUCCACACAGGACUCCAGCAUUCUAUCAUCAGACCUACCCAACCCAACUGUCUACCUCUAGACAACGCAACCCUACCUCAAAAGCUGAAGGAGGUCGGCUAUUCAACUCAUAUGGUUGGGAAAUGGCACUUGGGGUUUUACAGGAAAGAAUGCAUGCCCACUAAGAGAGGAUUUGAUACCUUCUUUGGCUCCCUUUUGGGAAGCGGAGAUUAUUAUACACACUACAAAUGUGACAGUCCCGGAAUGUGUGGCUAUGACUUAUAUGAAAAUGAUAAUGCUGCUUGGGACUAUGACAAUGGCAUAUAUUCAACACAGAUGUAUACUCAGAGAGUGCAGCAAAUCCUAGCUUCCCAUGACCCCGCUAAACCUAUAUUUUUAUAUGUUGCUUACCAAGCUGUGCACUCACCCCUGCAAGCCCCUGGCAGGUAUUUUGAACACUACCGAUCCAUUAUCAACAUAAACAGGAGAAGGUACGCAGCCAUGCUCUCCUGCUUGGAUGAAGCAAUCCACAAUGUGACCCUGGCUCUAAAGCAGUAUGGUUUCUAUAACAAUAGCAUUAUCAUAUACUCCUCAGAUAACGGUGGACAACCCACAGCAGGAGGAAGUAACUGGCCUCUCAGAGGUAGCAAAGGAACGUAUUGGGAAGGGGGCAUCCGGGCAGUUGGCUUUGUGCACAGUCCUCUUCUGAAAAACAAGGGAACGGUGUGUAAGGAACUUGUGCACAUCACAGAUUGGUACCCAACCCUGAUUUCACUGGCAGAAGGGCAGAUUGAUGAAGACAUUCAGCUAGAUGGGUACGAUAUCUGGGAGACGAUAAGCGAAGGUCUUCGUUCACCCCGAGUGGAUAUCUUGCACAACAUUGACCCCAUUUACACCAAGGCGAAAAAUGGCUCCUGGGCAGCAGGCUACGGAAUCUGGAACACAGCAAUCCAGUCAGCCAUCCGGGUGCAACACUGGAAGCUGCUCACAGGAAACCCUGGCUACAGUGACUGGGUCCCCCCUCAGGCUUUCAGCAAUCUGGGCCCAAACCGAUGGCACAACGAGAGGAUUACCUUAGCAACUGGCAAAAGUAUCUGGCUUUUCAACAUCACAGCCGAUCCAUACGAGAGGGUGGACCUCUCCAGCCGGUAUCCUGGCAUAGUGAAGAAGCUGCUGCGGAGGCUGUCACAGUUCAACAAGACGGCCGUGCCAGUCAGGUAUCCCCCGAAGGAUCCCAGAAGCAACCCUCGACUCAAUGGAGGAGUCUGGGGCCCGUGGUAUAAAGAGGAAAACAAGAAAAAGAAAACAAACAAAACCAAAGCUGGGAGAAAGCAAAAGAAAAGUAAAGCGAGGACGAGAAAAGAACCGGCAGCACACUCUUCAACAAAAUGCCACCCAAGUGUUACUGCCGGCUGAGUGCAAGACUUUCUGACUUGGUUAAGCUUAAAUUGCCUGGUUUCUAGGUAAUUCAAAGCAUUUGCCUCAGAAAUACCACUGCCAGUCCCCGCGGGCUUAUUUUCAGUUUGCUCUCUGCCAGCGGCUUCUGGCACCUGGCUGCCGGUGUGGACCAAACUAUCCUCCUGAGUGCCAAAGGCAUUGCUUCUGUAGACCACACAGAGAACAGAAUACAGUUAUUUAUUUCUCUCUGUCCUGUCAAUGAUUAGUCUGUUGACAAAACAGAAUGCUUUGAUUUGCAAUAGGGACGGUGACCUGUAGAGGAUGGAAAUCACAGCGUAACGUGAUUAAAAAUGACAUUUGAUACAGUGAAAGACUGUGUUACCUCAAAGGCCUAAGAACAGUAUUUCUAAGAGAAAAAUUUUAUCGGUAUCAUAUGCAACUUGGGCUUUUAAACUAAUUCUACUUUGUGCUGUCUUUAUCGCUUCUCGUAGUGAACAGCUUGCACCUCAUCUCAUCCUACUUAAAGCAACAGCAGAUAAUGUCUGGGCAUUGCCAGAAAUGAAUGUAACUACAUCCCAAACACUUUAAUAGGACAAUAAUUUCAGGAGAAAGUGCCUAAUUUAUUUUUCAAAAGAAGUUAUGCAGGUGAUUUUAAUUAUUUUAAUUAAUUAGUUUCUAAGUAAGAAUUGUAUUCCAAUUCUUUAAAGUUAUUAAGCACUGUCAUGCCAUAAAUCACUGUUAUAUUAUGUAUGUUCAUAAAAUAUAAAAGGAAACUCAUUCAGAAAAAAAUACAGCUUCAGUUUUUCACCAUUAUUUGAAUGUAAGACGAUAAAUAUAUUUUUAAAUUUUUGUAAAUUUGUGAGUGUACAGAGUUGAUUUUACUUUAUU